AUGAACAACGAACUGUUGGAAAUCUAUGCGUCGUGCACUGGGCCUGAAGACGUCAUCGAGAAGCAAAAAGAAUAUCUCGAGCGGAUCGACAGGGAGCACGAAGAAGAACGAAAUCGACCAAUGGAUCUUCCACCAUCUGAAUCCCAGGAUUCGCAAAACGCGGUGAUCGGCUCCGAACUCGAGUUCACGAUAAAAGAGGAAAAACUCGAGAGCCAGUGUUCCCUCGAGCGUCUUAACCGUAUUUUAGUUCUAUGGGAUUCUGAACUCCGCGGCCAUCGCGCUCCACACGCAGCCAACGAGCCCGCAACGUUACUACACCGCUCGUCCCGGCGAAAGCGCUGCUCCUGCGGCUGCUCAAACUGUGACCAAUUCCCGAAUCGACCUUGUUGCUCUGCAGAAUGCUGCGGUACGAAGCCACUGCCGCUAGCUUGUUGCCCACCGCCUCCGCCACCAAAACCCUGUUGCCAGCCGGCUUACGGUCCCUGUUGUCCAUCGACCCCGAAUUGUUGCCCACGUCCAUGCUGCCAGGGGAAACGACCGCCAUUCCUGGAAGACGAGGAAGACUACGAUGAGCCUGGCGGUAACCCACAACAACCGAGCCUCCCGUCGAGUGUUGCGACGAUUUGCCGCCACCUCGGAAAAGCGGAUGCGGAUGCCCGAAUGGCGAUUGCGGAUGCGGCAAACCCUGUUGUUACUACCAAAAUCCGUCGUGCUGUGCCCAGGGUCUCCCCCUGUUGCCCACCAAUUCUUCCAUUGCCAAAACUGCCGUGUUGCUUGAAGCCCUCAACCCCGCAAUGCUGCACCGCUGCCCCACCAUGUUUACGUGCUUGCCCGGGCUGUCCAUGUCGAAAGCGUGUGAUGCUUGGGAAACGCGCCAAACGCGGGGCUCACUGUAUGGCAUGCGCCGCCGUAAACGGGCUGACGGCCCCUCGCGCGGGUGGUCUCUACGAGCGCUCGCGGGCUUCGAGGAUUCGACGAGAUGCGGGGGGAUGUGCCCAAUGCGUCAACGGCGAGCCUGUCACGCAACGAGUGAAGCGAACAGCUUGCCAGCCCUGUACAUAUCUACAACCGCAAUAUUCUGAAAAUAACCCGUUCCUCCCCGGUGGGCCCCAGCUGAUGAGCCAGGUGGGCAGACCACUGAAGCGCAGCAAACGCGAAGAGGGAAAAUGCCUACCCCAUCCCCAAUGUACGCUGGCGCCGAAACGACGCUCGAGGCGAAACGUGCAUUCACAGUACUGCGAGCCCUGCGGCGGUUUAUAUGGUCGCCGGAAACGCGAGGCCGAGCAGGACGCGUGCAUUCGCAGGAAUCUGGAGCAAAAAGACCGGUGCGAGAAGCAGUUCCACGAUGAAUUUGAUGCCGAAGAUGGAGAGGGCUCUGUGCUGAUGCGGAUGAAACGGCAGGCAUAUGACGGCAAGGGAUUACUGGACCUCGUGAAGGUGAUGAGCAAAGCCGCUGCUGCUCCCACAGUGACCGCCGGUUGCGUUAAGUUCCCUGCAUGUGUUCUUGCUCAGAAAAGAAGAAGGAAGCGCCAUGCAGAACGGAUGGAGCAGUAUCACAAGGCACUUGCCGAGCACAAAGAGCAACAUAGCCGUGUAAAACGGCAGUUUUUUACCCCCGACCAGAGCGCAAACUGCGUCCCCUGCCCAGCUUGGGUGACCAUGGCAUUAGCUAGCCGGAAGAAACGUGGAGCCGCGGAAAAUGAUGAAGAUCUUGUCGAUGGACCGAAGAUGAGUCUCUCGGACGCGAUCAAAGAUAUACGCCGGAAAAAGGGCUAUGAGCCCGGCUUUAAGCACGGAACUCGUUCGGGUGGGCACUGUGACCAAACGCACGACUGCUUGAAUGAGGUAGAAUACGCCGUGUACAUGAAGGUCUACCAUACGCGGACAAAGAGAAGCGCGAAGAGGAGCAAGUGCACGCAAUGCGGAACCUCGGAUCUUUUGAGCAAGAGGGUCAAGAGGAGCUUCGGGCCAGAUGUCAACGCGUCAGAGCAUGAUUGCCUUGCUUUCCCUCUAUGUCGAAACCGCGUCAAAAGAAAUUUCAUCGAUUGCAAUAUCUGUACGGCGACACCGAAUCGUCGGAAGCGUACCGUGGAAACAGAGGAUCUCGUGGAAUUGCUACCCAUGCCCGCAGGGCUGAUCACCGGAAUCUCGACCAUUCCG